GCGCGUGCGUGGUGCCUUUCUUCGAAAGCUUUGAAAUUUUACCUCAGUUGCAUUAAGAUGGACGGCGGUGGAGCGUACGGUGGAGGAAAGGCAGGAGCGCCUUUUGAUCCGAUCGCAUUCGUUCAAAGGCCUCUAGUUAUUUUAAGGGCACUAUGCUUGCUCUUUGCAAUAAUAGUAUUUGGAUGUAUAAGCAGCAAGGGCUAUGUUACAAAACAAGACAAAGAGGUUUGUCUUUAUAAUGAAGACAAUAAUGCCUGUAAUUAUGGCAUUGGUAUAGGUGUUAUAGCAUUCUUAGCCAGUAUUGGUUUUCUUGCUGGCGAAUACUUGUUCGAACAAAUGUCCUCUGUAAAAACUCGAAAACACUUUGUCCUCUUAGAUCUUGGUUUUUCGGGUUUUUGGGCAUUUUUGUAUUUUGUUGGCUUCUGUUACCUAACAAAUGCAUGGAAUAAAACUACAGUAUCAGAUGGGUAUGGUGUUAAUAAUGUACAAGGAGCUAUUGCAUUUUCGUUUUUUUCCAUUUUUACUUGGGCUGGCUGUGCUUGGUUUGCAUUUCAAAGAUUCAGACAAGGUAUACAAGAUGCAGCCUUUGCUCCAAGUUACGAAGCAGAUCCUGUAGGUGGAACAGGAUAUACAAGUUAUCCUGAUGCUACGGAUGCUGCUUAUCAAGAACCACCAUUUGGUCAACAGCAGCGAGGAAUGGGGGAUUUUCAAGCCCCUGCUUAUUAAAUGUCAUCCAUAGUCAUUACCGAAAUAUAUUUUCACAAGAUGCACAGCGAACUACCAACGAAGAAAAAUGGAUUAGGUUAAUCCAUCCUGUAAACACACUGCUCUCUCUAGUUUGUUUUUCUCUGAGAAAAGGGAAGAACUUUAUUUGCUGAUAGAUCGCUGGGCAGCAUUAAUUAUAGAACAAAUUUCAUGGCAGAUGUAGAGGAAGCGUUAUUUGUUACAUUGUGCUUCUUAUUGUUGACCACUUGUAAGUUAUACUUAUUCAUGCGCCCAAUGACACAAAGAAACAUUAGGUACAUUCAAAGUAUGCCAUUCGAGUUUCUAGGUACGAAUUAUGAUGACCAUUCAUCAACUGCAGAAUUAAAUAUUAAAUCUUGUAAUGAAUAAAUAUAGUAAUUCCAUAAUGUUUAAGAAGUAGCACAUGCACAGGUUAUGUAUAUUUUAACAUUGUGACGUGUUCAUAGCAAACGCGGAUAUUAAUAAUGUGCAUUGUGAGACACUAAUAAUGUGUAGGUAUGAUCUGAUGUUGGAAAGAAAGCUCAUGGUUUAUUAAAGUCAUAGAAAAAAAAAGAAUAUAUACUGUACAGUAAUUUAUUGUUUUGUCUAUAUAUUUAUAAUUUACUAGUCGUUGCACUUAGUAUUAUUAUUUUAUAAUGUUUAUGCAGUAUUUGUCAUAUGACUUACAAGCGAUUGCUCUUUGUCACCAGUUUACAAAUAUGAUGGUACUAAAUGUAUGAUAGCUUAACAACUGGUGUUCUGGGUUGCAAGUUCGAAAAAAAAAAGAUUUUUUCUUAUAUAAAUUUUAAGAUUCAUAUUUAAUAUGACUUCUUUUUUAUUGUAUCUCAGUUAUUUACAACAGCUUUAAUAAAUAUGCUUAAGAUAUAAUUAUUCUAAUUUUUUUUUUUAAUAUUUGAUUAUGACUAAUUAUAUUAUAUAUUAUAUGUAAUUCUCCAAGGUUUCCCAACAUGUUUUCUAUUAAAAUUAAUUACUUUAUUGAUUUGAUGGAAAAUGGCAAUUAUUGUUAAUUAUUUAAAUUAUUUUUUAUGGAAAAAAAAAAUUUCAUCUAAGAAACUAAAAAUUUAUAUUUUAAAUACAUUAUAAUCGCCAUAUUUUUUUCUUUGAACAGUGCAACCUUAUCUAAAAUACUUUCAUUUUACAAAUAAUAAAUAAUAAAAUACUCAAAAGUAUUUACACACACGAAAAAUACAAACUAAUUACUUUUUGUAGGAAUGUUCACUUAUAUAAAUGUGAGUAGAAAUUCUAUAUCAAGUUGAAAACAUGUUACAGAGAAUUACAAAAAAUUAUCAAUGGAAGUGUAAUGCCAUGGUCUCUUUCUUACUCUCAGAGUCAUAAAUAAUAAAUUAUUUCAUUAACAACAGUUCAGAUUAAAAGAACUCGACAGAUUGUAGUAAAUAUUACUGAAAUGUCUAUUAAAAAAAUGUAAAGGUAUAAAAAUGUCUGUUAAGAUAGUAUCAAUAACUAAAUAAUUAUUGUAUUCUACUUAAAUAUAAUGUAGUUACCUUGCAUUUGAUGCAAUACUUAAGACGUAUGCGUCUGUGAAGAUCUCAGUGUUUAGAGACAAUUGCUAUCUACUUUAUGAUUUACUACAUAAAAAGUGGUUAAUAAUUCUUUUAUGUAAAUCAAAUGAUUUUGUUAAUGCUGGUGAUAGAUAUUCAUAAUCGAAUCGCUUCAUUGUGUUGUACAAAAUUUUCUUAGACUUAAGCAUAAGAUCUACAUUUUCUUUUUAAGUAAUAUAAAAUGCGAACAAACUUUACUGUUCUAUUUCAAUAAGCAGCCAUAAAAGGGAACAACCGAAAAUAUUGACUUCCUUUUUGUCGAAAAAUGUUUGUUAUAUAUUCAUAAUGAUUAUUUUAAUUAUUAAGUAAUGUAAUAUUAAUAUUAUGUUCGAUAUGAUUAUUUUGAAAGUAUACCUUCGUAUUUUUCAAAAUUAUUCAUUUACGAAUUACAAAGUAUUAUUUUUCUGUGAAUUUUGAAUGUUUAAAUGUGCGAAGUUCUCCUGCAAAGUGUAUAGAAUAUAAGUUAAUAGAUCUGUUUCAAUGAUUCGGGCUAUGUGUAUCAAUUAUAGUUAAACAAUGUACUGUUUUGUAUUGUGCUACAUAUUGAAACAAUAUUGAUAGCUAUAUACAAACCAUGUCAUUAUAAUUAGUAAUAAAUGUACAUUACACUCAA